CAUCAUUAAACUGACAGACUUGCACACAGAGGUAAAAGUGGACAUCAGCUUUAACGUACAGAAUGGUGUUAAAGCUGCAAACCUCAUCAAGGACUUCAAGCAGCAAUUUCCUGUAUUACCGUACCUGGUGCUGGUUUUGAAGCAGUUUUUACUGCAGAGAGAGCUGAAUGAGGUUUUUACGGGAGGAAUCGGAUCAUACAGUCUGUUCCUCAUGGUUGUCAGCUUCUUACAGCUGCACAACAGAGAGGACGUGUGUAGUUCAAACCCAAACCUCGGUGUACUGUUGAUCGAGUUUUUUGAGCUGUACGGACGGCAUUUUAACUACCUGAAGACGGGGAUCAGGAUCAAAGACGGUGGCUCGUACUUAGCCAAGGAUGAAGUGCAGAAAGGCAUGCUGGAUGGGUACAGGCCCUCUAUGCUUUACAUUGAGGAUCCUUUGCAACCAGGAAAUGAUGUAGGGCGAAGUUCAUAUGGGGCGAUGCAGGUGAAAGAGGCUUUUGAUUACGCUUACGUUGUCUUAAGUCACGCUGUGUCCCCAAUUGCCAAGCACUACCCCAACAACAAGUCUGAGAGUAUUCUAGGUCGAAUAAUCCGUGUCACACAGGAAGUAGCAGAGUACCGUGACUGGAUCAGUGCGCAGUGGGGCCAGCGGAGCAACAAUGAUCCGGUCCUCAAUUGUAAUGCUAAUGAUGUCACACGGCUAGUUGAGUCUGAGGAGCUUGAUGAGUGUAAUAAUAACUUUCCAGAAGAUAGUGCGGUACUUCCUGCUGUUCCCCGGAGCAAAGUGUCAUCAAACUCUUCCUCUCCUUCCCCCUCUUCCCCUUCAUCGCCAUCAUCGUCAUCGCCAUCUUCAACAGCCUCUAGCUCAAGUGAUGCGGACUCUGAUGGAACGCCCUGUAAGACUUCAAAAGCUUUGGGCCGGGGCUCUAACUCUUACAGUGAGAAUACAGAAAGGAAUCUGUCCAAUCACAGGUCACAAAAUCAUUCAGCAACAAUGGCCACCCCCACUAAUAAAGGCAACAAGAGCCGACAGCUUGCUAACAAAAGUGCUCAAGGGCCACACAACAACCCCAACAAGAUCCAGCAAAACAGCAAGUCCCAAAAACUCAACAUGAAGAAGAGGAAACCUCAGCGUGAGGUAGCGCAUGAGGACUUUUGUAGAUAGGGGGAGCUGUUCUUGCAGACUCACACCUGCUCUUAAUGUCUCUGACCACAGAAGGGUGCUGCUGGUGUCAUUUAUCUCUCCUGUCCCACUGUUUAAGGGAUGCGUGUGACUUUGUAGCUGGAAAAGGAAAAAAAAAAAGGGGGGGAGAAUGAUUAAAGUGGGGCGUAGGCCAUGGGAUUGAAAUCAUGUGGGAGAGUUUAGGCCAGAUCUCAUGGCUUCUGCACAGCUUCUGCUCACUGCUCAUAUGGGAGCUGCUCUGCUCUACUGGAGAUGUUGAGGACCAGAGAAUGUAGGAGAGAGAAUUCAACUUGAGCAAUACCUGAAGCCCUGGACUUUUGCCUCGCUGAGGACAAUGAAAUAAAAAAAGAACUUGAAUUACAAAAAAAAAGGUUAUAUUAAAAGUGCAAAGAUUUUUAAAUAUCUACAAAAAAAAUUGACAAUGUAAUUAGUACAAGAGAAAUUAUGCAUGUUUUUUUUUUCUUUUCUGAAGAGUGGUUCUUUUUUGUCAUGUACGCAAAUUAUACAAAUAUUUGUACAAGAAAACAAGAGAUACAA